AUUCCUUCAACACACAAAGCGGGGAACGUGCCCGGCACAUUCAUUGUCCGCGGCUUUCGGUGGUGGCCGGUGACCGCGAUUUCUGCUGCAGGUACAAGGGUUCUUCUGUUUUGAAUCGGCUGUCGCCUUUAUCCUCGUGUGGGAAGCCGCCCCCUGAUCGAGGGGUUGCGGGUGGAGAAUACAUUUCGUCUCGCCGCUGUAGCAUGUGUUUCGCCGAACCCGCAGUCGCCAGCUAGCGCCGCCGCUCGCGGCGGCCGCGGCGCGAACUGCGGCCGCCAUGUAGUGCCGCUAGAUGGCACCCGCGCUCGAGCCGCCUCGCCGUCCCGCGACGAUCGAGGUGUCCGUGGAGACGCUGACUGGCUCUGGCUUCAACCUGCGCGUCUCCAGCUUCGAGACGGUGAUGUCGGUGAAGGCGCGCAUCCAGCGCAUUGAGGGUGUGCCCAUAUCGCAGCAGCACUUGAUCUUCCACGAGCGCGAGCUGUCGGACGGCGCCUCGCUGCUGGAGAGCGGCGUCACCAGCGGCAGCCGGCUGAAGCUGGUGGUGGCCAUGCGCGGCGGCCCUGUCAACACGCGACGCCUGCCCAUGUAUGACGACAUCACGCGCGCCGAGAUGCAGCAGCUCAUGGAGAUGCAGAGCAGGGAGGCGUCGUGGGACGGCGACACGUCCGGCCGGCAGGUGACGCUGCUGGUGUUCCGCGAGGGUGACCAGGUCAACUUCUACCGCGUCAUGGAGAACACGGACGGCACGUUCUCGCCGCUCUCCGACUCGUGGGGAUCGUCCAUCAGGAAUAUGUUCCACGAGGAGAAUCCAGAUGAGGUGAAGAGGCGCAUCGAGGAAAACACAAACACCAUGAGCAAGGUGAUCGACCUGAAGCACAGAAUGCAGCAGAUGACGUUCAGGAAGAAGGGUCGGGCCGUGCCGUCCCGCGGUCCGAGUCGCCAGAGCCGGACGGCGGCCGCCACGCCGCGCGCGCCAUCUACCGGCGACCGCGUGCACCUGCCGCCGGUGUCGGCCGUGGCGCGGCCGCCGCCGGCGCUGCCGCACCACCACGGCGAUCUGUCGGCGUCGUUCUCGCGGCUGAUGCAGGCCCAGCGCAGCCUGGAGCGGCGGCCGCCGGAGCGCGUGGCCGCCCGCGACUACGGCGCGUACCGGAGGACUCUGAGCAAGCUGCUCCACUCCAAGGACGACUCGGAGCGCGCCGUCAGCCCGGCGCUGAGCCUGCGGCCCACCGACGGCCCCGCCGUCGCCGCGCCGGCCAAGCCGCGCGCUAAACGGCCUCGCUGUCAGCUGUGCCGGCGCCGGCUGGGCCUGGCGGCGGCCUACAGCUGCCACUGCGACGGCGUGUUCUGCCCGCAGCACCGCUACCCGGAGUCACACCAGUGCGGCCACGACUUCAAGGGCGAGGGCCGCAAGCUGCUGGAGCGCGCCAACCCGCUGGUCACGGCGCCAAAGCUGCCCAAGAUCUAGCGGCGGGAUGUGCGGUGCGGCGGGAGGGAGAGGGGCGGCGCGGGAGGGCGGUGCUCCGGCGGGAGCGCGGCGUGGAUGGCGUGGCGCGUGCUGCAGUGUGGCGAGUAUCGUCCCCCUGCUUUCGCGGCCCAUCCGUCCUCGCCCCGCGCGCGCGUACCCCGGAGUCGAGCUGUGUGACGAGCCUCAGUGGUGUGCUCGUUGGUCGUCUCCCCGCGCCGAGAAGCCGUCCACACCCGCGCCGCCCGCCGCCGAAAAUGGCGCGCUGUCUUGGCGCCGCGGCCCGCUCCGCUGCGGUCCGCGCUUGUCCGGAGCGUGAGGCGCCGCCGGUCGGCGCGGCGUGGCGCGGCGUCUGCGGACGAGAAAAUUCGGCUUGCCGCCGCCGCCGAGGCCGCUGGCGGUCCACGGUGGCGUCUGGAGUAGGAGCGGGGCGUCGCCAGUGCCGGCGGCUGCUCGUGACGCGGUGCAGACUGGCCGGACUGGGCAGAGUGAGGGAGAGGCGCGAGGGGGCGUGAGUGAGGCAGAGUGAGAAAGGCGCCAGAGAACCGUGCGCCAGCCACCCACGCGACGCCGGGACAAAUGCAUUGCGGAAUGGGCCAUGGAUAGUGACGCGCGCGAGGCGAUAGCUGAAACCACGGUGGCGCGGAUGUUGUAGCGCACCUCAACUGCCUUCUCGCCUCAGUUGUGUAAAAUCGAAUACCAGAAGACGACUAGCGGCGCACGAGGAUGGCGUGCCUGCAUGGAGGCUGGCGCUCUCCGCCGUCCGCCUCGGCGGACGGAAGGCAGGC